AGAGAGUUUGACAGUCAAAAGGAAGCUAAGCUCGACGCACUCUCAAAUGACUGAGAAACAAACUGCGACUUUGUGAACUAUAUUUAUUACCUAAAACAUCUUUAAUUGAGGAAGACAGGCUGACGCAUUAUAUAAAAGGAGGAGCGACAAAAGUAAAGGACGAGAGAGAACCAGGCCUGGACUUUACGCUAUGUUUUACAUGUGUGACCGGCAGUCGACCGUGAGGGAGCUGCCGGCAUUUUACUUUCGUUUUGUUGUUUGUUUAUUUUAUUAAAGUUUUGUUGUUCAACGUUCGCCGGUUCCCUCCUCCUUCUUCCUUGCUGUGAACAUUGUUACACAUAUAUACUGUAUAUAUUAUCCUACAGAACCUUAUAUUUACUGAAGAACUGAUUAGUGUGUCGGUUUUUAGUUUGGCUGCCUAGCUGUGCGUGCAACCAGUUUACGUCAUCGAAAAAGAAUAUGGCGGCCUCCUUAGGUUAAAAUGAGUAUUACAUUUAGGGUUUUUUUAAGAAUUGAAAAUAUUUGAUGUGUCUCUAACGACAAAUGCUAGUAGUGUAAGGCUAUUACAACGCAUUAAGCCAUACAUCUCUCUAUACACCGGGUUCCCUUUAAAAAACGAGUUGAAUGUAUGAAGUAGUAUUUCUGUGCUCAAUACACUCCCCAGCACAACUUGCUUUUGAAUUGGGGUUCCAUUUCUGCCAAUAAUGUGUCGACUGCAUUGUGCUUUGUACUAUACGUUUGUCUUUGUCUACUGUCAUUGCCUACUUGUUCAGGUAAAUGUGUAAAUGUAAAUGUUGUUGUGUAUGUUGUCUGUUGACGUCGUCUUAAUCUGUCGCCAUGCUGUCUUUUUCUCUGCCAUUUUUACUGGCAUACUUAUUGUCGUUUUGUUUGUCAUCUUAACUGUUGUCCAGUUCUGUUGUCCUUAAUGUCGUCUUGUUCUGUUGUCCUUUGUCAUGAUUCUGUCCCAUCCUGUCAUGCCUUCCUUGGUCUUGUGGCAGAGUCAUGGCAAAGCCUUAGGUUAUAUGUGGAGAGAGAGAUUUGACCCUUUCGGCCUUCCAUAUACUCUCUCUCCGGUGUUGCGUCUUUAAGCCCCGCCCUCUCGUUCCCUCCUUAGCUUCCCCUUAGUGUUUGAUCCUUGUCACCUGCCGGUCACCCUCCCUGUGUUAUCAUCCCUCGUUUGUAUUCCCCUUUAAAAAGCCCUCAUGUCUAUUGUCUUGUGCUUGUUCGUUGUGUAUUGAAGUCGUGCUUCUGUGCUUGUUGCUAUUUACCCUGCGUGUACGCCUUGCCUUGCCUUGCGCCUUGCCUUGCCUACCCUAGUCCGUGUUUGUUAGACGUUGUGUCGAUCCCUGUAUUUAGUUUAUUUUUUGCCCCCUCGUGGGAAGUGUUUUGUUUUGAAUUCUUCUUUUGUUACUGUGUCCCUAGUUCAUGUUUUGUGGGUGUUUUGUUUUGUAUUUAAUAAAUCUGUGUUAACCCCUUCAUCGCUGCAGCCUGUGCUUGGGUUCUUUUCCCCACACAACCGUGACAGUCCUUACUGUCGUCCUGUUCUGUCGUCUUAGGGGCCAAUCACACAGAACAUGUGCCUCUACAGUAGGGACCACAGAACAAGACGACAUCGAGACGACAGAACAGCACGACAGGACAGGCCGAAAGUAAAGAUGACAGAACAAAACGUCAAUACGGACAACAAGAAAAACCACAGAGAAAAAGACGGCAGGACGACAGAUUAAGACAAUGUCAACAGACAACAUACCCGUCAAUUUAUACAGAUUUACCUGAGGUUUACAAGUAGGCAAUGACUAUAGACAAAGACAAAUCUAUAGUAAAAAGCACAAAGUGGUCGACACAUUUUUGCCACAAAUGGAACCCCAUAUGCCAGACUGUUUUAGGCUGAUUGAAAGAAAACAAGUCAAAUUCCCACCCAAUACAACUGAGGGUUUUAGAAGAGCAUUUUACGUUGAACCUUGAAGCUGAUGGGCUACAGCAGCACAAAGACUACACCACGUGCUACUCCUGUCAACUAAGAACAGGAAGAAGCAAAAAAUCUGGAUGUUAUCUUUGAUGAUGGCUUAAAGUUUGACAAACAGAUUAACAUGGUGGUCAAGUCCUGUUUCUUCCAGCUUCGACUUCUGGCAUAAGUAAAACCUAUCUUGUCCAGUAAAAACUUAGAAAAAGUAAUUCAUUCUUUCAUACAUGUAGACUGGAUUACUGUAACUCUCUGUAUUUCGGGAUCGGUCAGUCAGCCCUAUCACGUUUGCAGUUAGUACAAAAUUCAGCUGCGAGGGUGUUAACAAGCACUAAAAAACGAGAUCACAUCACCCCAGUGCUACGUUCCCUGCAUUGGCUUCCGGUGCAAUAUCGUGUACAUUUUUAAAUUCUCCUUAUAGUGUUUAAAUCCUUACACGGUUUGGCCCCCUCCUAUCUUUCAGACUUACUGGUUGAACAUCAGCCCAUUUUGUCUCUUCGGUCAUCAAACCAAAGCUUACUGUGCAUCCCGAAGUCGAGGUUGAAGUGCAGAUGUGACCGUGCCUUUUCAGUCGCUGCCCCUAGACUGUGGAAUUCCUUGCCCCUCAGAAUCAGAUCUGCAUCUUCUUUAUCUGUUUUUAAAUCAAUGUUGAAAACUUACCUUUUUUACUUUGCUUUUUGUAAUUAGUAGCUUUUAAUUUUUCUAUGUAUUUUUGUUUGUUCUUUUGAAAUUGUUUUCUUUUGUGCAGCACAUUGGUCAACCCGGGUUGUGUUUAAUAGUGCUAUAUAAAUAAAGAUGACAUUGACAUUGACAAGCAAACAAAAAUAGUUCAGAAAAACUGAAAGGGUUAAGCUUUGUGUCACCGCAUAUUGCAACAGUGUUUGUGAGUGGGUAAAGCAAUUUCCCUGAGGUCCCUGUGGUUAAAAUGGUUUCAUUAAUUUCACAAUAUUUUUGAGUAUAAAUAAAGUUCUGUCAUGACAACUCUCGGAGGGUUUAGCAUGGUAGUGUACAUGACAAUGUAUUUGGUCUUGGCGGAAUAGAUCUGCUACGCUGCUGCGGCGGAACAAGUACAGCAACUUGCUACUGCCAAUACAUCCACAACAUCCUGCUGUGUGCAUGUAAGGAAUGCUGAUGCUACACAUAUAACAUAUAUGAAUAAACCCAGUAUACGUACACGAUAACCUUGUAGCAGAUCUAUACAAGUGGAGCUGGGGAAGGAGGAGGGUUUCUGAAGCGCGCUGCUUGCUACAACAAUCACUAGCCAAGAUUUAAAUGUUGAGCAGCAAGCUCAUUGGCUGCUGAUACAGAAGGAACCAAUCAGCUGCACCGUGUGGUAAAGUCAUUAUGUCAGAUCGGUUUAGACUAUAGGACUGCGCCAUCUAGAGUUUCAUGCCAGAACUUUUACUUUUAAUGUCAUUUACAGUUUACAGGUUGCUUAAUCCUAUGAAAUAAAUAGACAUUUGUCAAAGCAACCAUUAAAACGCAUGCACUCAGCUGAACCCAUUUUGCUUCCAUUCAGUUAGUAUCCUGUUUAAAUCUUGAGCAUUAUCUGUGUUGCCUUCGUAUUAUAUUCAGCAAAGUGGUCUAUUUUUUGGUCUAUCGUGUUUACAGAGGUGAUAUGAACGGGUCAUGUGAUAAGUUUCACGUCAUGUGUCAUUUACAAUGUGUUCACUCCACACCAAAUGCAAACACACGCCUCUCCGGACUGAUAAAGACCUAUUGUUUCAGAGCAGGCCGGGUGUGAUGGUGAUGUGAUAUCAACACAAGGUUGCUGUGUAUUUUAAUGGAUUUGAGCAACUUUUAGCAAUGCUGAUGCCGUCGUCGUGUGAUUUGGCUUGCAAAUAUUCUUAUUUCUGACUAAAAACAGGAUUAGAACCUUGAGUUACCAAAGAGAACAUCCGGCUUUCACUUUGGCUAUUAUGUUUUGUGUGGUCUAAUUUAUUUGUUGGAAGCUGUCCAUUGCAUCCGAUAUUUGUAUUUUCUGCAUUUGUGGAGAGAGAUUUUCGGAUUGGGAUCGGAUUUGAUAUCUACUGGUUUGUUUUCCACGAAUUGCAGAUCAGUUGUGCAAUAUGUGGGUCAUGGAAUUAAGGGGCAUGAAAGCUAGUGGGAAAGCGUUGGGCCAUGACAUAUAGCAUAAAGUACUUGCAGUAAUAUUAUUGCAAUAAAAUGAUUGUGAACAGUUUAUCUUGCACUUAUUGCUUUUUAAUUUGUCACUAUGAAUGCUUGGAUGUUGGAAAGUGGUUGUUAUGGUGAUGUUCUGGGUAGUUACUAGGGUUCUGCUAGUAAAAAAAAAGCAAGCAACAUUAUAAUAUAUUUCACACUUGCUAACACAAUGCUAUACAAAUUUAGCUGUAUAUUGCGCUAUAUAGGUUAUUGUGCUAUAAAGUUUCGAAGUAGGAAUUUAAAUUAAAGGGGGUCGUACACCGGACACGGAAGCGCCGAGCCGUGCAGCGUCGUGUCUAGGACAACUCUGUUAUUAAUGUGGUAGAAUCUAGAGUUUUUUGUGUUAAUGCACCUUUUUUCCAUUAUUCCCAAACAGAUAAAUGGAUCUUGCCGCUUAUGGUGAAGGCAGUUUGUACAUUACCGUAAAAAUGAUUUCAGUCAAAUAACAUAUACUGUAAUUUAAGAACAGCAUCCAGAGUUGUAGCGGAGUGCAGCUAUAAGGCGCCGAAUGGUUUCUUUUUGCAAACAAUGGGGCUUGCACUGCACGGCUCGGCACUUCCAUGUCCGAUUUGCGGCCCCCUUAAGAACAUUUUUGUGUAACCACAGCUUUUGUAUGUUUAUUUUAGAAAAAACUGUUUCAAUUUCACAUCUAAGAUAAUUGGGACAAAGUUGUUCAUAAACACUGCUUAUAUAAUGAUUAGAACUUUGCCCUGUACAGUAUAAUCACCUUCAGUGCUGACAUGGAUAUGUGACCGACCAAAAAAGCAAAGCAGUGAAAACAAUAGCGCCUUAAGCCAUAUCCGUCUUACCUUACUGCCGCGUUACGUACUCUGCUGCGAUUGUUUGUUUGCUUUGUGGGCAGUGACAUGCGGAACCGACCUUCGUAGGAACGAUUUCACGACUAACUGUUGCAAGUCCGUCUUCUUUGGUGUUAAAGGUUAAACAGCCUGUCAAGGAAGAGCUUUACACAUGGACGGCUGUGUCGCAAACAGCCAAACAUGGGUUCCUGAGUUUCACUGACAUCUACAAGUGCUUUAAACACCCAUUAAUGCUUGGAAAGUGGACCAAUCAUAAGCUGAAAAUUAUUCUCUUGGGGUCUUGAGAGGAUUGAAGUCAUAUUGAGCUGGAUAUGCAGUGGCUCCAAUGAACAAGAGAGCGGUUUACAAGAUGAAUUCAACAUCAGAUGACACCGGAGGUGGGAGACCUCAAAAAACUGCCGGCAAAGACCACAAAAAGCCCACAGCAGAAGCCUUGAGAGGGGCCAUUCAGCUUGGCAUUGGAUACACAGUUGGCAAUUUAACCUCCAAACCAGACAGAGAUGUUCUCAUGCAAGACUUUUACGUUGUUGAGAGUGCCUUUCUUCCCAGUGAAGGCAGUAAUCUGACCCCAGCUCACCACUAUCCUGACUUUCGCUUUAAAACAUAUGCGCCUCUGGCUUUCCGCUAUUUUAGGGAGCUCUUCGGAAUUAAACCAGAUGACUACCUGUACUCUAUUUGUAAAGAGCCUCUGAUCGAGCUGUCAAACCCUGGAGCGAGUAGUUCUUGGUUUUACUUAACCAGUGAUGAUGAGUUCAUCAUAAAAACUGUGCAGCACAAAGAAGCAGAAUUUCUACAGAAGUUACUUCCUGGUUACUACAUGAAUCUGAAUCAAAAUCCAAGGACACUCCUCCCAAAGUUUUACGGGCUCUACUGCAUCCAGUGUGGUGGUGUCAAUAUCCGUUUAGUGGUGAUGAACAACGUUCUGCCCCGGUCUUUAAAAAUGCACUACAAAUAUGACCUUAAAGGCUCCACGUACAAACGCAGAGCAUCACGGAAAGAGCGUGCCAAAACCUCUGCAACCUUUAAAGACCUGGACUUCCAGGAGAUGUUCGACGGUCUUUAUUUUGAUGCAGACACAUACAACGCUCUUAUGAAGACGCUUCAGAGAGAUUGCCGGGUGUUGGAGAGCUUUAAGAUUAUGGACUACAGUUUGUUGCUGGGAAUCCAUGUUCUGGAUAGGAAGAUGAGGGGGAGAGGAGGCAGAGGCGACAGUAAACGUCAGGGUGGGCAGAAGGUCUUGUACUCCACGGCUUUGGAAUCAAUUCAAGGAGACGGAAAAGCUGCUGAGGUGCUCGCUGACACAGACGAUGACUCAAUGGGUGGCAUCCCUGCUAAACACAAAGAUGAGAAGUUACUGAUCUUCUUGGGCAUCAUUGACAUUCUGCAGUCGUACAGAUUUAUAAAAAAGGUCGAGCACUCUUGGAAGGCUCUGGUACACGAUGGCGAUACAGUAUCUGUCCACAGACCUAAUUUCUACGCUGACAGAUUCCUGAAGUUCAUGGGCAGCACAGUAUUUAAAAAGAUCCAUCCCCUCCGUGGUGCCUCCUCUAGAAGGAAGAAAAACUCUAUACGGCCAUGUAGGUCGGCCUCACAGGAAGCUCUGUCAACCGUGAUAGAAGAGAGUUUAGAUAGGAAGGCACAAAGUCUUGAAAACCUUGAUGAUCCAGAUCCGAGCUCCUCUCAGAAAACUGAUGUCAUUCUAAUCACCACCAGCAUCCAUCCAGCAUUUUCUGUGAACACCAUUUCUUCUGCUUCCUCUAUAGAUGAUAAGGUUGAACAGGAAGCAGACUCAGAGAGCAGAGAUCACAGAAUAUCCACCUCGACACUUGCUUUGGAGGAUAGUGCUCUUCCAACCUCAAAUUCACAGGCGAGCACACCCGAGUCGGGUCUAGAUGUGUACUUGUGAUACAUCGAUUGGAACGGACCAUCAAAACAUCUACGAGACUGAGAGGCAGUGGACAGAUGUCACAUUUUAUAUCAUUAUUAAAAUCAUUUCAUUUAAUAAUGGCAAGACUUGCCACUUGCUGUCUCACCAUAGACUUUUGCACAACAGAUUUUGUAGCUGCUAAUACGCAUAAGAUUAAGAAAGAAAAAUCUUAUGUCUGAAACCGUGGCAAAGCGAUUGCCACACUAUUGUAGUGUGUGCACUUUGUACCCACUUGCAGGCACAAGUUUGUCAUUUAACAUUAGUUACAUUCCCAUUACAGCAUAAAGCCUACAUCGAAUGAAUGCAUUGGUUGAUAUGCUAUGUAAAAGGUGUAAUACCAGAUGUGUCCAGUAUAGAAAAUAUUAUUUAACAGUUAUUUAACAAUUAUUAUUUUAUAAUUAAAAAUUAAUUAUUAUUAAUUAAUUUAAUAAUCAUGUCAUAUUUUGUGAGCACUCCUAACUUAAAUUAUUUGUGAUUAAUUAAGUGAUUAUUUUAUUAAUUUUAAUUGAUUGUUACAGUACAAUGAUUAGUGCCAAAUAGUAUAAAUGGUGACAAAAAUGAACAUGAAGUUUGAUCAUUGACUUUGAUGCACAAUUAAGUCUAUGUUAUGAUCAAGAGAGUCAUUGUAAUGUUUAGCUCGACUGUGUAAAGAUUUAUAUGGGUUCAACAACGAAGAACUUUAAGGACUUUUAUAAAAGCAUAAUAUAUUUUGAUUAGAUACAUAUAAUAUAUAAUUUAAGUGUGCUACUAUGUAUAGUGUUUUACAGUUGCUCUUAUGCUAUUAAAUGCUGCAUCUUACAAA